AUGGGGAUCAUUAAGGACAGGGAUGACUUUAGCAAAUGGCAGAGGAUGCAAUUAGUCCUCAAGCAGGCAGCAGUACAAAGCCAUGUGAAAAUCCUCAUCCCAAAAUACAGCGGUCUGAAGCCCAACAUAAGCAAGAAGGUGUUGAAUGGCAUGGGCCACGUCACCCUGCCCAGGGCUCAGGCAGCAGCCCCCUCUAAGUACUGUGUCCUGCCGGAAAUAACCAAGAAGGUAGCAGAGGGCGGCCACCACAUAGAUCAGGCUCAGCCAAUAGCUCUCCCGAAGUACCAUGUUGUGCCAGAAAUAGCCAAGAAGGUGGCAGAGUGCAGCCAACGAUUGGACCAGAAGGAGAGGCUGAAGGUCAGCACAUUAAGAGCCACAGAGGAGAAUGUCCCCAAUGAUUCAGAGGAGAAGAUGAGGGCCUACGAGGGCCUAACACUGCCCAUGUCACCUGCAGCUGCUCUGAGGAUCUUCCAGGACUAUCUGACAAGCUUUGAGCAGAGGGAGAUCUUGGACUUCCCUGAGAUCUGGUAUCUGGGCCUGGAGGCUGAGAAGAUGACCCCUGAUUUUCCUGAGUACUCGGAGGACUCCGACUUUGAUGACUGUGUGUAUUUUGGCUCUGAUGUGGACUCGAUCUACGAUGACAUCGGAGGCAUCUACAUCCCGGUCCUGCACGAUCACAUUGCCUACCGCUAUGAGGUGCUGGACAAACUUGGCCAGGGGUCCUUUGGUCUAGUCCUCAAAUGUCUGGAUCACAAGACCAAGGAACUGGUGGCUAUAAAAGUCAGCCACAAUGAUAACAGUGCCAACCACACGGCCCUUCAGGAGAUUGAGAUCCUGAAUGUGAUCCGGAGGGAGGACCCUGAGAACCGCUACAAUGUCAUCCACAUGAAGGAGUACAUGUACUUCCGGGGUCACCUCUGCAUCGUCUUCGAGCUCCAGGGAAUGGACCUGUAUGAGCUGAUUAAGAGGAACAACUUCCGGGGUUUCACCUUGUCCCAGACCCACCACUACGCUGCCUCACUGGUCACCAGCCUACAGAUGCUGCACAGGCAGAGGAUCAUUCACUGUGACCUGAAGCCGGAGAACAUCCUUCUGUCAGGGAAAGGACAUGGGAACAUCAAGUUAGCUGACUUUGGUAGUAGCUUCUAUGAGCACCAGAAAGUGCAGCCCUAUGUGCAGAGUCGGUUCUAUCGUGCCCCAGAAGUGAUCCUGGGCCUUCCCUUCGGCAAAGCCAUUGACAUGUGGAGUCUGGGCUGCAUCCUGGCUGAGCUAAACACUGGCUUCCCCCUCUUCGCUGGGACCAACGAGGCAGACCAGCUCACCUGCAUCAUGGAGGUGCUAGGAAUGCCCCCAGAACACAUUAUCCAGCAAGCCCCCCGAAGGAAGCGAUUUUUUGAUUCCAGGGGCCGACCAAAGAAUUUACCAACAAGACAACCAAACUCUAGGGACCUGGCAAAUGUACUCAAGAGCAAGGAUCUGCUGUUCCAGGAUUUCAUAAGGCGCUGUCUCACGUGGGACCCUGCUAUGCGCAUGACUGUGGAUGAGGCCAUGCAGCACGACUGGCUUCAGAGGCCACCAGGGAAACAAUGGUCAACAGGAGGAUGUGACAAGCGAGGCCUCUUCUCAUCAUUGUCGAGCCCUAAAGAGGGGCUGAGGGUCAGUACACCAUUAAGGCCCGUCAAGGAGGAUAUAAACAGUGUCUCCAACAAACCAGCAAAGAAGAUAAGCUAUGAAGAGCUAACAUUGCCCAUGUCACCCACAGUGGCUCUGAGGGACUUCCGGGACCACCUGACAAGCUUGGAACAGAAGGAGAUCCUGGAAUUCUCAGAGAUCUGGUACCUGGGCCUCGGUACUGAGGAGAUGACAAGUUCCUUGGAGUUGCCUAAGAACUAUGACGACUUAAACUCUGAUGACGUAAAUGGCAUCUACAGAGCGGUCCUACACGAUCACAUUGCCUACCGCUAUGAGGCACUGGAGAAGCUUGGGCAGGGAUCUUUUGGCAUAGUCCUCAAAUGUCUGGAUCACAAGACCAAGGAGCUGGUGGCCAUAAAGGUCAGCCACAACGAUAACAGUGCCAACCACACGGCCCUUCAGGAGAUUGAGAUCCUGAAUGUGAUCCGGAGGGAGGACCCUGAGAACCGCUACAAUGUCAUCCACAUGAAGGAGCACAUGUACUUCCGGGGUCACCUCUGCAUCGUCUUUGAGCUCCAGGGAAUGGACCUGUAUGAACUGAUUAAGAGGAACAACUUCCAGGGUUUCACCUUGUCCCAGACCCACCACUACGCUACCUCACUGGUCACCAGCCUACAGAUGCUGCACAGGCAGAGGAUCAUUCACUGCGACCUGAAGCCGGAGAACAUCCUUCUGUCAGAAAAAGGACAUGGGAACAUCAAGGUAGCCGACUUUGGGUGCAGUUUCUUUAACCAACAGACAGGGUACACUUAUGUGCAGACACGGUUCUAUCGUGCCCCAGAAGUGAUCCUGGGCCUUCCCAUUGGUACAGCCAUCGACAUGUGGAGUCUUGGCUGCAUUUUAGCUGAGCUCUACACCGGCAUUCCCCUCUUCUCUGGGACCAACGAGGCAGACCAGCUGGCCUGCAUCAUGGAGGUCCUAGGAAUGCCGCCAGACUAUAUGGUCCAAACAGCUUCCAGAGGAAGGAUUUUUUUUGAUUCUGAGGGACGGCCAAAGAACAUCACUAGGCAGCUGAACUCCAGGGACCUGGCCAGCGCACUCAAAAGCAGGGAUCCGCUGUUCCUGGACUUUGUGAGGCGCUGUCUCAUGUGGGACCCCGCUAUGCGCAUGACUGCGGACGAGGCCAUGCAGCACAACUGGCUUCAGAGGCCACCAGGGUCUGUCCUCUCACCGGAAAUAAACACGGGGAAAGGUCCUGUCAAAGAAGGAUUUAAAAAGCCCACCUCGCGUAUUAGCUGGUCAAGAAGUCAUAUCGGGAAGCUGCUGUAG